CAGAUAAAAAUGACCUCUUCCUCUUUGACUCAUCCGGUGAUGAAGGAAGACGGAGAGUGUAUAAACUGGGCGGAGCUUCCGUCUGAAUUGACGUCAUCUAUCCUGGGCAGGCUCGACUCGAUUGACAUAUUGGAAAACGCUCAGAAAGUGUGUACGUCAUGGUAUCGCGUCUGCAAGGACCCUUCCAUGUGGCGGAAGAUUGACAUGCGUAGCUCUGGAGACUUGGGGUUGAUCCUCGAGAUGAUGUGCCGUCACGCAGUUGAUCGUAGUCAGGGAGGUUUGCUUGAAAUUGACAUUUGUUAUUUCUUUACUGAUUCUCUUCUCAACUACAUUGCCGAUAGGUAAA